AUAUACACCCCUCUUCAAGUUAAAAACCAUACAUACCACACUCAUUUUUUUUCAACUCAAAAACCAUGGAUUGGUUCUCAUGGCUUUCAAAAACAAACCUUGAUCCAUCUCUUGUAUAUGAGUAUGGCCUCACCUUUUCACACAAUGAGCUAGAACAAGAAGACAUAGUUUACUUCAACCACGAGUUUCUCCAAAGCAUGGGAAUCUCCAUAGCCAAACACAGGCUAGAAAUUCUCAAACAUGCAAGAAAAGAAAAGUCAAAGAGACAACCACCAAGACCAGUUGCAAAGAUCAUGGUAGCAAUAAAAAAGACCAAAAAGUGCUUAGAGGACUACAUCAUGAGAAAAUUGGUUACAUGUGAGGAAUCAAAUUCAGCACUUGUUGUUGUUCCAACAUCAAGACCUAGUAAUAAUAGUACUUAUUAUGGAUCAAGAUCAUCAUGGAAGAGUAGUUCUUUGAAGAGGAGUAAUAAGAAGAUGAAAGUGGAGAAACAAGAGAGGUUGUUGCUUACUAAUGGAAGUCCUAGUCCUACAAUGAUGCCUGCUUUUGCUCUUGAUAGUUUUUCUAGUACUCCUAUGGUUUAUCAUUUUCAUGAGGGAAAGAUGAAAGGUGAAGAUGAUGAUAAUAAUGGUUAUUGGUCAGCUGCUGUUGAAGAUAUCAGGUGGGAUACUAUGUUUCAAGAUCUAAAGCCAAAUUAAUUUUUUUUUAUAGGUUUUAUUAUUUCAACCUCAAAUUUUAAUCGGGUGUUUGAAACUAUGACAUAUAGUCAUAGUAAUUUAACGAAGAUCGGAAGCUCUAAGUUAAAUCUGAUAUAAUUUGAAGCUUCUAUCGUAACGUGUCUGAAAAUGCGAGGUUAAAGCAUUUUCAGACAUGUGAGAUAAUACUUGGUGAGAGAUGGAUUUUUUAGGGUUCUUCCACCAUUUUGAAUUUGCUUUUACUUUUGUUGUUUUAUUUAUUUUUUUGUUUAUUCAUUAGUGGUGUGAAUCAUGUGGAUGGGUAACUUUAGCACUUGUCUGUAUGAGUAAUGAUGUUUGACUACUUUUGCUUUUGAAUGUUUGUUACUUUUAGGUUUGAAUAGGUGAAAUUUGGAUUAGAUUAGCGUAAUUGUUGGGAGAGAAUGAUUAAGAAAUAGGUGAUUAUUGUUUUGUUCUUUAUAGCAAAUUUGAAGUCCAAAUUUGUAACAUGUUAUGGUUAUUUUUACACAAUAUACAUUGACAAAAGUAUAUUUAUAGUUAAAUAAUGUCUUACUUUCACAUUCUUGUUUCAUAAUUCUUGAAUGGAACUUUAUCUCAAUAAACAAUUGAUUUUUUAUUUUAUUUUAUAUAUUUUUUUAGUUGUAUAUUUUAAUUCUUGCAACCAUAUAAAUAAAAUUUAACAGAAUCAAUUUUAAAACCAUUUGUAAUACAAUAAGAGGCCUAUUAGAGAAUGCUAUUCAAAAUGAUGAACGAAUUUGGUUAUCUCAUAACAUUAUUGUGGUUUGAAUUCCAAACCACUCAACAAGCAAAAGAAGGGAAAGGACGAAACUGCCCCGUGCCCCACACAUGUGACAACUGAUAUUGAUGUCAAUUUAUUUAUUUCAAAGUGGUGACCAUAGAUUCAGAUUUCUGAGAGAUGCUAUUAUUUAUAGCAGUUCAGCAAUUUGUUCAGAAAA